GCCCGUCGAAUGCACGCGGAAAACUAGGUCACAGAAGCAAAGUAGGCCUUUGCACGCGGGCUGUUUACGACACCGUCGUGCUCGGUCGGCUCCGGCCGUAAAGCAGACCCGAGCCGCCCAAGCCAAGGCCGCGGACCUAACUGCCAUGGCGGACAUGGAGGACCUCUUCGGGAGCGAAGCUGAGAGCGAGGCGGAGCGCAAAGCUUCUGAUUCUGGGUCUGACUCAGACUCUGACCAGGAGAACGGUGCGUCUGGCAGCAAUGCCUCCGGCAGCGAGAGCGACCAGGAUGAAAGAGGUGAUUCAGGACAGCCCAGUAACAAGGAACUGUUUGGCGAGGACAGUGAGGAGGGGGCCUCUCAUCAUAGUGGCAGUGACAAUCGCUCCGAACAGUCAGACAAUAGGUCAGAGGCUUCUGAGCGCUCUGACCAUGAGGACAAUGAGCCCUCUGACAUAGAUCAGCACAGUGGCUCUGAAGCCCACAACGAUGAUGACGAUGAGGGUCACAGGUCGGAUGAGGGGAGCCGGCACUCCGAGGCAGAAGGUUCUGAAAAAGCACAGUCAGACGAUGAAAAGUGGGACGGAGAGGAUAAAAGUGACCAGUCAGAUGACGAAAAGCUGCAGAACUCUGAUGACGAGGAGCGGGAGCAGGGCUCUGACGAAGAUAAGCUACAGAACUCUGACGAUGAGGAGGAGAAAAUGCAGAACACAGAUGAUGAGGACCAGGCCCAGCUUUCUGAUGAUGACAGACAGCAGUUGUCUGAGGAGGAAAAGGGGAAUUCUGAUGAUGAGCACCCUGUAGCUUCUGACAAUGAUGAUGAGAAGCAGAAUUCGGACGAUGAGGACAGGCCACAGCUGUCCGAUGAGGAGAAAAUGCAAAACUCUGAUGAUGAGAGGCCACAAGUCUCAGAUGAUGAGAGAAGGCAUUCAGACGAUGAGGAGGAGGAGCAGGACCAGAAGUCAGAAUCCGCAAGAGGCAGUGACAGCGAAGAUGAAGUUUUACGAAUGAAGCGCAAGAAUGCCAUUCCAUCUGAUUCCGAAGCGGAUAGUGACACCGAGGUGCCCAAAGACAAUAAUGAAACCAUGGAUCUGUUUGGAGGUGCAGAUGACAUAUCUUCAGGGAGUGAUGGCGAAGAUAAGCCCCCUACUCCAGGACAGCCUGUGGAUGAAAAUGGCUUGCCUCAGGAUCAGCAGGAGGAGGAGCCAAUACCUGAGACCAGAAUAGAAGUAGAAAUCCCCAAAGUAAACACUGACUUAGGAAACGACUUAUAUUUUGUUAAACUGCCCAACUUCCUCAGUGUAGAGCCCAGGCCUUUUGAUCCUCAGUAUUAUGAAGAUGAAUUUGAAGAUGAGGAGAUGUUGGAUGAAGAAGGGAGAACCAGGUUAAAAUUGAAGGUAGAAAAUACUAUAAGAUGGAGGAUACGCAGAGAUGAAGAAGGAAAUGAAAUUAAAGAAAGCAACGCUCGGAUAGUCAAGUGGUCAGAUGGCAGCAUGUCCCUACAUUUAGGGAACGAAGUGUUCGAUGUGUACAAAGCCCCGCUGCAGGGUGACCACAACCACCUUUUCAUAAGGCAAGGCACUGGGCUGCAGGGCCAGGCCGUCUUUAAGACGAAGCUCACCUUCAGACCCCACUCGACAGACAGUGCCACACACAGGAAGAUGACUCUGUCACUUGCAGACAGAUGUUCAAAGACACAAAAGAUUAGAAUCUUACCCAUGGCCGGCCGUGACCCUGAGUGCCAGCGCACAGAGAUGAUUAAGAAAGAGGAAGAGCGCCUGAGGGCCUCCAUCAGGAGGGAGUCGCAGCAGCGCCGCAUGCGAGAGAAGCAGCACCAGCGGGGCCUGAGCGCCAGCUACCUGGAGCCCGACCGGUAUGACGAGGAGGAGGAGGGCGAGGAGUCCAUCAGCCUGGCGGCCAUUAAAAACCGCUACAAAGGGGGCAUUCGCGAGGAACGGGCAAGAAUCUACUCCUCAGACAGUGAUGAGGGCUCAGAUGAAGACAAGGCUCAAAGAUUACUCAAAGCAAAGAAACUCAACAGUGAUGAGGAAGGUGAAUCUUCUGGAAAGAGGAAAGCAGAAGAUGAUGAUAAAGCAAGUAAAAAGCAUAAGAAGUAUGUGAUCAGUGAUGAAGAGGAGGAGGAAGAUGACUGAAGUACGAACUGUGAAUGCAUUUUAUAUAUCUGUUGUACAGCUUGUCUAUAAAUACUAUGUAAACAUGAGUUA